ACAUGAUGAUGGUGGUAACAUUUUCAAGGUCUUCUGCACAGACAGCAGUGGAGAACAUUGAGUGGAUCUGUACUGAACUAAUCAACUCAAUUAACAGAAGAUGCGCUGAGCUAAAAGAUCUAAUCAGAGAUCGAGAGACAGCAGAAGUAAGUCGAGCUAAAAAAGUCCUGAAGCAGGUGGAGCAGGAGAUUGUAGAGCUGAAGAGGAAAGAUGCUGAACUGGAACAGCUUUCAAACACAGAGGAUUCCGUCCAUUUCCUCCAGAAUUUUCAGUCUCUCUCGGCUCCUGCUGGAUGUUUAGAAUCAGCCGCCAUCACAAUCAGUCCUUUCCUCUCAUUUGAUGAUGUUACAAAGUCUGUAUCUCAGCUGAGAGAGAAAGUAGAAGAAUUCUGGACAGAUCAGUGUGAGGAGAUACGAGAUGAAGUGAAGAAAGUCUGGAUUACUCCACCUCCUCAACCUGAAAUCAGAGAAGAUUUUCUACAAUAUGUUUGUUGGCUCACACUGGAUCCAAACACAGCACAUAAAAACCUCCGUCUGUCUGAGGAGAACAAAGUGGUGACCCGGAGUGGAACAUUACAGUCAUAUCCUGAUCAUCCAGAUAGAUUUGAUAGUAACACCCAGGUUCUGUGUAGAAAGAGUGUGAGUGGACGCUGUUACUGGGAGGCUGAGCUGAGUGGGGAUUAUUGGGUUUCUAUAGCAGUGUCAUAUAAAAGCAUCAGCAGGAAGGGAGGUGGUUAUGAGUGUUUGUUUGGACGUAAUGAUCAGUCCUGGAGUUUGUUCUGUUCUCCAUCCAGAUUUUCAUUUUGGCACAAUAACAAAGAGACUAAAAUUCCCAUAAGGCCGAGUUCCUCUAGAAUAGGAGUGUAUGUGGAUUAUGAAGCAGGAACUCUGUCCUUCUACAGCAUCUCUGAUACAAUGAAGUUCCUCCACAGAGUUCAGACCACGUUCACUCAGCUCCUCUACCCGGGGUUUAGAGUUGGUUUAGUAUCAGAAGUGAAACUGUCAGAUUUAACAGAUGAAGUGUAAAAAUUACAUGAAAGUGUAACAUUAAACUGUUUGAGUGAUUUUAGAA